GUUAUUCUGUGAAGGUUUGCUUUCGCCAAAUAGUACGCCCGGCCGAGGAUACCAAGUUUCCCGCUCUUACAUCACCCAUCUUUGAGAGCAACAACGGGUUGGGCACAAGCAUACCCAACCACCGCUGCCACCUGUAACAAAGACGGCGACUGCCCGCGCGGUAGUCGGUUGCCCUCAACCUAGAGCACCACGGACUGCCUCACGGAGUCUGUGUCACCACCGGCUGCCCUUCCGUCCGCCACACGGCUGCUGCGGCGCUACCACCUCCUCCUCUAACCUCGGCGCGCAGCCUUUCGGCGCCUCGAGCCCAGAGCCUUCCGGCACUUUGACUGGCUCAGCGCAAGCCGCGCCACAGCCCAGCCCGGCACCCACACCCGCACCCGCAGCCACAUCUGCGCCGGCCCCCUCAAACGCGCCGGCAUUCAGCACCAUGGGCGGCACCGGCCUGAACCUGAACCUGCGGGAGCAGCUGGCCUUCUACGGUGCCUACCACAACCACCCUAUUAACCAGCUCAUCCAUUUCGUGUUCGUGCCGGCCAUCCUGUGGUCCAUUUUCGUGUGGCUGUCCUACAUCGGCCCGCUCAGCACCCUGAUGGGACUGGGCGCUACAGCUGCAGCCGGAGGUGGGGGCGGCGACGCGCUGGCGCAGUGGGGCCUGGGCGGCCUGGCGGCGCGGCUGCCUGCCGCCGCUGCCGCCGCGCUGCAGCCCACCAGCCCGGCCUUCCUGGUGGCGGCGGUGUACGGCUGCUUCUACGUAGCGCUGGACUUGGUGGCGGGGGCCAGCUGGUUCCUGUGCGUGGGUCUGCCGCUGGCCUGGAGCGCGGUGUGGUUCGCAGGCGCCGUGCCCAACGCCUGGCAGUGGGCGCUGGGUGUGCACGUAUUCAGCUGGUACAUGCAGAUCCACCCGGGCCACGCGGUGUGCGAGAAGCGCAAGCCCGCACUGCUGGACAGCCUGGCGCAGGCAUUCGCUCUGGCUCCGCUGUUUGUGUGGUACGAGCUGUUGUUCCUGUUGGGCUACCGGCCCACAUUGCGCCACGAGCUGCAGGCGCAGGUGGACCAGCUCAUUGCGGCGCACCGGGCCAAGAAGCAGCCGCUGGUCAACAGCGCGGAGCAGCAGUAGCAGCAGCAGCAUAGUGGUAGCGGAGCAGCAGCAGCGGCAGCAGCAGCAGCGGCGGCAGCAGCAGCAGCAGCAAUGACCUGAUACAUAAGUGGAUGGUGCUUGUGGGAGUUGGUAGCGUGUGGUAAGCAUGGCAAUGGCUGCGCCAGGAGAAUAACUAGUCGCCGACCGAUGUUGGACAGUGACAGUCCGCUGGCGAGGGUGGGCUGUACGUGUAUGGUAGCUACGGCGGAUACCGCCGGCGCAAGACAAGCAGGAUAAUACUGGACAGAAUAAUUUGGAGGCCAAGUACUUCGUAUCAGAUUUCACGGAAGCAACGGCAGGCCCGGUUGCAGUUGUUGCUGCUAGGGGCGCGCAUUGGCGCAACCUGGCGCAAUGCGCUGGCUGAAGCCGCUUAGGGCUGUAGACGGGGAAUCGUGAAGAAUGGACGCAUCAUAGCGUCUGUCCACUCCAUACACAUGCAAGAGUACGAGUGCCGGAACUAGGAAUUACGCUCGACAGCCUGGAUAGGACACUCUGCGUUGAGGUGUCUGGAGGCAUUUGUGUGCAGGGGUUCCCCUGUUUGUGUGUGGCAGGUGUUGCCUGUAACAAU